AUGGCGAAGAAGAUUAUCAUUGAUACCGACCCGGGCAUCGAUGACAUCCUCGCCCUCCUGCUGGCCCUGUCCGCCACCCCCGAGGAGGUGGAGGUGCUCCUCAUCUCGCUGACCUUUGGCAACAUCGAAGUGCGGAACUGCCUCCGCAAUGUCGUGUCUAUGUUCCACAUCCUCGAGCGCGAGAUGCAGUGGCGCCGCGACAACGGGCGGCCCGAGGGCUUUCGGGCGCUGCAGGCCUCCAAGCCCAUCGUCGCGGUAGGCGCAGAGGAUCCGCUUGAGGAUCAGAAGUUGCUGGCGGAUUACUUCCAUGGAAAGGACGGGCUCGGGGAUAUCCAUGCCAGUCACCCGCACUUCACCCCCACUCAAGCCUGGGAACAUCUAUUUGAUCCCACUCCCGGAGACGACGGGAUCCAACCUGUCCAGACCGGCGGUGCCAUCGACGAACACAUGUUCAUCCCGUCGAAGAAGCCCGCGUACGAGGAGAUUCUGCGCACGUUGCGCGAGAACGAACCCGACACGGUCACGCUGGUUGCCGUCGGCCCGCUCACGAACCUAGCACUGGCGGCAGCACAGGACCCGGAGACGUUUCUGCGCGUGAAGGAAGUGGUUGUCAUGGGGGGUACGGUGAACAUGCCGGGCAAUGUCACGCCAAUGGGCGAAUUCAACGCCUACGCCGACGCCGUCGCCGCUGCACGCGUCUUCGCUCUAACCUCGCCAAACCCACAGACGACUCUCCCGCCAACGAACAGCGCGCGCCUACCGCCCUACCCCAAGACCCUAAGCCGACCGCUGACGCUGCGCCUCUUCCCCCUGGACAUCACGCUGCGCCACAACCUCUCGCGCGGCGCGUUCCGCAAGACCGUCUCCCCACUCGUCGACGCGGGCUCCCCGCUCGCCGAAUGGGUCUCUGCAUUUAUGGCGCACACCUUCCGCACCCUGGAGCACCUGCACCCCGGGCAUGUCGGCGACAACGCAGAAUUGAGUCUGCAUGACCCCUUGUGCGUGUGGUACGCGCUAACAGCUGAGGAUCCGCGCUGGACGGCGUCGGACUCCUCGCCUGAGGAUAUUCGGGUUGAGACGCAGGGCCAGUGGACGCGGGGUAUGUGUGUUGUUGAUCGGAGGAGUCGGCACCGUGUUGAGGAUGAGGCGGAGAGCUCUAGUGAUCAUGGCUUGUGGCUGAGUCGGCGCGCGGGGAAUCGGAUUCUGAGGAUUCAUGGUUCGCCUGUGGAGACGACGUUCGGGCAGAUUAUUCUGCAGAAAUUGUUCGGCGAUCUCCAGCUCCGUCCGCGUCAUGGAAUCGAGAAGAUAAAAGCAAAGCCCGAACCGGAUGUUCUCUCAUCUUUCGUGCCAUUCUAUUCUCCCAGCAUGCAAUUGCAUGUCUACCGGUUGCUCGUGUGCCUGGCCGCCCUGGCCCACAGCGUGGUCGCCAUGCCCCAUCUCUCGGGCCCGUACCCCGGCAUCCGGCUGCCCGUGCACAGUUCCCCCAACGCGACUAACGCAACAGCCAGCGCCCAUCACCAUCAUAACGGCACGACUGCCAGUCAUCUGGGUUCCCCGAUGAUCCCGACACAGGCGCAGGGCAAGAAUAGCACGCAACCCCACCGCCACAACGCCAAUGCCGAGGCGGUCAAGCAAUGCCGCGAAUUGUGUACCUUGGCCGUUGAGACAUGUGUGAUAGCCGGGCCCGCAGAUAAAGAGUGCUGGCACGAGCCGUCCUCGAGAGCCAUUGUUCCCCUACUGACAUUGCCCCUAGCGGGCAGGAGUACGUACGGUGUCAGCAACCUUGCCACCAAUCAUAACCCCGGGCCGGCUCAGGCCACUUAUCUAAUCCAAUACCAUGCGCUGCUCCGACCACACUUAGUCCCUGGCCAAUCAGGGGGCAGUGUUCGAGCACACCUUGUAUCCAGGCACGCGACCAUCUGUAUACCAUUCGUUCCUGAGGUCCAUUAA